GAUCAGUUUGCGUCGGCGGCGGCGCAAAAAUGCUCGGCGGCGGCGCGCGGCGCGCCGGCGUCUUGGUGCACGUGGUGCACACUAGUGUGCCGGUGUGCCGCUGUGCACACCUGUACCAACCUGCUGCUAUGCCAGGCUAUGCUGCUACUACUCGCUACCAUCCAACGUUAGCCGCGUUGGCUGCUAGGUCGGCCAACCAGGAUGGGGGAUGUCCAUUUUGGAGAUGUCAGAUGGCGCCUUGGAUUUAAACUAGCGUGCAUCAAAUAUAUUAUUUUGAUCGGCCCUCUGAUAUAAAUUGGGGAUCUAUCAUAUCUGUCAAACCUGCUUUGCAUAUAUUGGCCUGUAUUUGGCCAUGUGACCUGCCUUCCGCUGCUGUGUCAGCUGUGUGCCAUGUUGCGCGCGUGCGGAUGUGAGGACGUUCAGUGGUUCUGUCAGUGCUGUACUGGGGUUGCUAGGGUCAGCUCAGUGACUGGCAGCAGGGGUAGUUAGGGUGCAGUAACAGGUUACAGCACUUGACUAGGUUGUGGUGGUGGUGGUCAACUCGCCAACUAUUGAAAUUUGAAACCUGUGAAUCCAGUGAAGUGAGAGAACGUGCGCUGUAGGUGCACAUCCGCUUUACGUGCGCCGUGUGCUUUGCGUACUACCCUUUGUGGCUGUUGGCACUUUCGGGUUGUGACUUCGCAGCAGUUCCGGAUUGUCAACGUCUGCCAUGCUGCCUGUAACGGCGACCACGUCUUUCAGCUCCGCAGCAAGGCCCAGGAGUGCAUCGGAUGGCCUUCCAAGACAGCCGCGGGGUCCCCUGCUGCCCUUGGCCCGCAUGCCGGUGCGCCAACCGCGUCGGGGCCCCUUCUUUCUACAAACGCCGAGCGGGACGGGGGGUCCUCGUAAGCCGAGUCCCGUGAUGCACCGUUUGAGUCAGGCACAGCACCACCUCCAGGAAGUGUGGAAUCUGGUCAACGACUUCUGUGGCACGCUCUGCAAUCAUCUCCAUCAGCCACACCAGUUCCUCUUCAACGAACGCCCGGAUCUGUUGCUGGAGAGGCCCGUUCUGGUUGAAGCGUACAGAUGCAUCGCUCACAUCAUGGAGCACAUGUCCAGGAUCCUGAGGCAUACAGAAGCUGAAAAGCACGGCAUACAAGAUGUGGGCAAUGCUUUUGUGCAGUCCCUCGAGGAGCUGCUAGGGAUUCUUCGGCCCAGGGAAGCUGGGAGGAGUGUUCACAGUGGAGUGACCGGACCGCAGAUGCUGGACUUCCUCCUCAACGGUGCACACAAGGACAUGUCAGCCUGCAUCCACAGGGAGAUGGUGCUGCUCCACGAAGCCAUUGGAGAGUGCGUUGUAAAGAUCCUGUCUUCGGGAUCUCCCAAGACAGCCAAAAAAAAGUCGUGAAUGGUGCCUAACAGGACUGCCAACUUAUCUGUACGGCAGUGGCGUAGGCAGGGGGGGGGAGGUUUCAAGGUCCAAACCCACCUCCCUCACACACAAACGUUUGUGACAAUGCCACUGCUGUGCAGUUUGUUAUCUUUUCUAACAAGUUUCCUAUACAAGGGCCAAGUUCAAAGUGAUAAGUAUGUACAAGACAAAAUGCUCUAUAUCUAGCAUACAUUUUUUUUCUAUUUCCAUAGUAUAUUUUGAGUUUCGAACCGUUGCAAGGUUCUAGUCGUAUAAAUUUUUUGUAUUGCAUCGCACCGAUGCUUGCUCAAGUCUGCCGAGACAUAUAUGCAAUAUUUUUUUUUUUAUUCGAAUGAGAGACUAGAAGAAACUUAUCAACCUCUGGUCACAACGGUCAUAAAGCACAACUGCAGCGUGAAUUUGCAAGUUAAACAUAUCUGUGCAGCUGUGUCUGUAAAAUCAGCUUCUUAUGCAAGAGCAAAAAUAAAUAAAUUUUUGUUUCA